AUGCCUUGCAAGAGGAGCAUGUUGUAAUCUGAACAUUCGGAAGAAUAUAUAAAUAAGUAAUAGGCUAACAACUCGAAUUAUACUAAGUUAAGACUGGAUGAUUUAAUAAUUGAUAAACCUUAGGAAUUUAGAAUAAAAACUAGUUCAGACAUCAAAAUGUCAUUAAUAUUAGAAAAUAAAAGACGUUUAGCAUAACCUGCAAACAUAGAAUGGAUGUACAAUUAUAAAUCUAGUACAAAAUUGCAUAAACAAUCUAAAAUGAAUGAAUAUCUAAAAUCAGUUAUAGAAGAAAAUAAAUUAAGACCUACUAUUGGACAAUUACCAGAUGUGAGAAUAAAAUCAAUGACUCACACUGACUUUAUCAAAGAAAAGUACGAUUUCAGGAAGAAAAUAUUUUAGAAUCCGAGGAAAGUUCGAUCCAAAUUCAAUUGA